AUGGCGGUGGACGUCGUGUUCAUUUUCCUGUUGUUUUACAUCUACAAGGCGACCUUCUUCCCGCUGGUGGUGAAGUGCCCAGUGACCCCUGUCCCAGUGACCCCUAUCCCAGUGACCCCUAACCCAGUGAACCCUGUCCCAGUUGACCCCUGUCCCAGUGACCCCUGUCCCAUGACCCCUAUCCCAGUGACCCCUAACCCAGUGAACCCUGUCCCAGUUGACCCCUGUCCCAGUGACCCCUAUCCCAGUGACCCCUAUCCCAGUGACCCCUGUCCCAGUGACCCCUAUCCCAGUGACCCCUAA